AUGUCAGUCCCUUCGGAAGGCCUUGUAUCGGUCGCCUCCAACGUGCAACCUCAGUCCAUCGGCACAGGCUCUCGCGCUGCUCGUGGCAAGACGGUGCUCAUCGACAACUACGACAGCUUCUCGUACAAUGUGGUUCAGUUCCUAGCUGAGGCUGGUGCUGACCUUGUCGUUUACCGUAACGACAAAGUCACACUCGAAGAAAUCGAAGCCCUCAACCCCGCCAACAUAGUCAUCAGCCCUGGGCCUGGCCACCCUCUCCACGAUUCAGGCAUUAGCAUUCCAGUCAUCAAGCACUUCGCCGGCAAGAUUCCCAUCCUUGGUGUCUGCAUGGGUCUACAGUCCAUCUACUCUGCCUACACCGGUCUUGUCGACUUUGCUGGCGAGAUCGUCCAUGGCAAGACUUCCGAGAUCGCUCACGACGGCAAAGGUAUCUAUGCUGGCCUCCCCGCCCAUGGCGUCAUCGGAACAAGGUAUCAUAGUCUUGCUGCCCAGCUUCCAAGCUUGCCAAAGGAGCUUGUUGUCACUUCCAAGACUGCCAGCGGUGUGGUCAUGGGUAUCCGACACACCCGCUACACUGUUGAAGCCGUGCAGUACCAUCCCGAGAGCAUUCUGAGCGUUGGUGGCCGCGAGAUGAUGGUCAACUUUCUCAGCUGGACUGGAGGCACUUGGGAUGCCAACCCUCAGGCCAAGGUGGAUGCUGCUGCCAUCGAGCGUGCUGAGAGCACCACCGAGCCUGUCCUUGCCAUGGCUGCCACUGAUGAUGCUGCAAACGGUGCUCCCGCCCCUGCCGCUGCUGCUCCUGCUGGCACUAAUGGACAAGCCGCUGCUGCAACAGGCAGUGUCGGCACUAUCCUCGAAAGGAUCCACGUGCAGCGACUCAAGGACAUCGCUGCCACAAAGGCUGUUCCUGGCUUCUCGCAGCGCGACCUCGACAUCUCUCUCUCGCUUCAUCUUGCGCCACCACUUAUCAACUUCCCCGAAAGGCUUCAGCGCAACGCUUCUCGCGGUCUGCCCGGUGUGAUGGCCGAGAUGAAGCGUGCCAGUCCCAGCAAGGGCGACAUCGACCCUAACGCACAUGCUGGUGCUCAGGCCCUCGCAUACGCUCGCGGUGGUGCCAGCGUCAUCAGCGUCCUCACCGAGCCCAAAUGGUUCAAGGGCACCAUUCACGAUCUUUCCCUCGCCCGACGUGCAGUUGACCACCUCCCCGACCGCCCUGCCAUCUUGAGGAAGGACUUUAUCGUCGACACCUACCAGAUUGCCGAGGCGAGAUUGGCCGGUGCCGAUACAGUUUUGCUCAUCGUCGCCAUGCUUACCGACGAGCACCUCAAAGAGCUGUACGACUACAGUCUCAGUCUCGGCAUGGAGCCCCUUGUCGAGGUCAACAACCCUGAAGAGAUGACCCGUGCCAUCCGUCUCGGUGCCAAGGUCGUCGGUGUCAACAACCGCAACCUGCACGACUUUAACGUCGACAUGGAGACGACAUCGCGCCUUGCCGAUGCGGCUAACAAGGGCGGUGUCAUCUUGUGCGCUCUCAGUGGUAUCAGCGGCCGCAGCGAUGUUGCCAAGUACCUCAAGGAAGGUGUUGGUGCCGUUCUGGUCGGUGAAGCAUUGAUGCGUGCUAAGGACAAGCGUGCUUUCAUCCACGACUUGCUCGGUUUGCCUUCGACUGUUUCGGCUGCUGAGACUGUCGCUGGUUCUGUUGUUGGACAUGGCUCGCUGGUCAAGAUCUGCGGUCUGUCUACUGUUUCGGCUGCGGUUGCUGCUGCCGAAGCUGGUGCGGACAUGCUAGGUAUGAUCCUUGCUCCUGGCACAAAGCGCACUGUGCCCCUCAACCAGGCAGCUGAGAUUAUCAAAGCUGUUCGCUCGCUCCCCGGCUCCACAUCUGCCGAUGCCUCCUCUCUUGAUGUCAACGCCAUUGCCGGGUCAAUCGAAGAAGGCGUCACACCCGAGGACUGGUUCUCACUUACAGCCAAGAAAGUCAGAUCGCGCGUCGGUCGUCGACCUCUCAUCGUCGGUGUCUUCCGCGAUCAACCUCUCGCUGAAGUCGCAGCUACUGCUCAACAGCUCGAUCUUGAUGUAGUCCAACUCCACGGUCGAAGCGAGGCUACAGAAUGGGCCAAGUUCCUCCCUGGACGUCUUGUCAUUCGAGUUUUCUCCGUCGGUCUAGAUGCCACGAUCGGUAAAGACCUUCUCAGGGAGGUGAACAGACCAGGAUACCACCAUCUCGCAGCACUAGACACUGCCGGUACUGCCUCAGGUGGAGACGGAGGGUCAGGCCAGUCUUUCGACUGGUCGAUUGCUCAGCAAAUUAGAAACGCCGACCCUUUGCCAGCUGUUGUGGGUGGGUCGGACCUGAGAUCUAUGCCUGUAUUGCUUGCUGGUGGUUUGACCGCUGCGAAUGUGGCUGAGGCGAUCAAGAUCGCUCAGCCCUUGGGUGUGGAUACUAGCUCUGGUGUCGAGACAGAUGGGAAGAAGGAUUUAGCCAAGAUCAAGGCCUUCGUUGCCGCUGCUAAGGCUGCGUCUGCCUAA